AUACUGACUGUUGCCAUCUUCCAAUAAUUAUGAAGUUGAUACUUAAAAUAUUAAUUGGUUUGGGUGUGGUAGCUGUUGCAGCAUCGGAAAUAACUUCCGCAACAUUUUUCAGUGGUCCUUUGAACAGGGCGACAUCGUGCACUUUAACGGGAAAUUCAAUAGACGAACUUGACGCAAUUAAAUCCUCUUGUAAUGAUAUCACCAUAGAAAACCUGGCUGUACCAGCUGGUAAAACAUUAGAUUUAACUGGCUUAUCGGAUGUGUCGAUAACGUUUAAAGGAAACAUUUCUUUCGGAUACGCAGAAUGGAAAGGUCCCUUGGUAUUGAUAAGUGGUACUAAUAUAAAUAUAACAGGUGAAAGAGGACACGUCUUCGAUGGUCAGGGUGCGAGAUGGUGGGACAAUCUUGGUAGUAACGGUGGUGUUCGAAAACCAAGAUUUUUCAAAAUUAGAUAUUUGCACAACGCAGUUGUGAACCAUAUAAAUUUUCUCAAUUCACCACGUCAUUGUUUCGCCAUUCACAACUGUACAAAUAUAACCGUAAAUAAUGUAGUUAUGAAUACUAAAGAUGGAGAUACCCGAGGAGGUCACAAUACCGAUGCAAUUAACGUUAAAGGUUCCGAAAACGUUUUCAUUAGCGACACUGUUGUACAAAAUCAGGACGACUGUAUAGCCGUUAGAUCCGGAAAAAACAUUCACUUUUCACGCGCUUCAUGUUCUGGUGGUCACGGGAUAUCAAUUGGGUCAGUCGGUAACAGAACAAAUAAUCUCGUUGAAAACGUUUACUUUACCCAUUGCACUGUAGCGAAUUCAGAAAAUGGAAUUCGAAUAAAAACGGUCGUUAAUGCUACUGGAUUAGUUUCCGGUGUUACUUAUGAUAACAUUACCUUAAGCAAAAUAAGGGAUUAUGGAAUUGUGGUGCGAGGCGAUUAUAGGAACAUGCCUGGUCCCACAGGUACUCCUAGCAACGGCAUUCCAAUCCGUAACGUUAGAAUAACAAACGUACAUGGCACAGUUCAACCAAGAGGUACCAAUAUUUAUAUUCUGCUUGGCGAAGGUGUCGCACAAAAUUGGCAUUGGAGCAAUGUGAGUAUUACGGGUGGAAGAAGGAAUAGAACAUGCCAACAACUACCUCCAAAUACUGAUGUUUUUUGUGCUUAAGGAAAAUUCUUUACCUUCAACUUAAUGGUGUACAUUAACUGUUAUUGUAAACCAUUUUGUUUGUCAUUAAAUAUGAAUAAUGAAUA